ACCACCUUGAGCCUCGUAUCACCAAUACUGCAUGCUCAGACAAGCUACUAGAAUGGUCACAACAGCUGCGUACGGCAAAUGGAAGUCUCCCAUAAGUAUCGAUCUUCUCACUGGAUCAGCUGUCUCCGUCUCUGAGAUCAAAGCUCAUAAGCAAGACCUCUACUACCUCGAGUCGCGUCCCUAUGAAAAGGGCAGGACUGUGCUCUGCAAGCUUUCUGGAGAGACGAGUGUCGAUCUAGUUGAAAAGGAUGUCAAUGUACGUACUCGCGUUCACGAGUAUGGUGGUGCGCCGUUCGCCAUUAGCCCAGAUGGGCAGAUUGUUUACUCCAAUUUCGCAGACAAUCGGCUCUACGUGCUCUCAGAUGGUCAAGCGAAGCCAUUAACGGCUGUAGAUGCGGUGCGUCGUUUUGCUCGAUUUGAAUUCCAUCCUACCAAGCCAUUGCUGGUGGCAGUCUGCGAGGACCACACCAAGCCCGAGCCUAGCCAGGUUGAGACAUAUCUUGUAACAGUCGACCUCGACAAUGGAAAGAUUGACAAGAUUUCGGGUGGGUCAGACUUUUACAGCGAUCCAAGCUUCAGCCCUGACGGCAAGACGCUUGUCUGGCGAGAAUGGCAACACACUGAAAUGCCCUGGACGCAGUCGAAUUUGUACGUGGCAUCUUUUUCCGACAUGAAGAAGAAAUUGCUGCUAGGAGGGCAAGGUGCUGUGACACAGCCUCGCUUCAUCGGCGACACACUUGUGUUUAGCUCAGACAAGACGGGCUUCCAGCAGCUAUACAAGUCGUCUCCUCCCUACGAAGCAUACACCGCUCUGACGGACGAGAUCAAAGGCGACUUUGCAGGACCAGACUGGGUCUUUGGCAACACAUCUUUUUGUGCUUUUGGAGAGUGUGUUCUCGCUGCUCACGGUGAUGAGUCUGCCAAGCAAGCGUUGUCCCACAUACAGGUGGACGGCAAGCGGACGUUGAUUGAGCAUUCAUUUCUAACGAUUGAUGCACUUCAAACCAUCGGCGAGACCAUAUACUGCAUUGGAUCAACUAAGGAAGCCAAGGGCAUCUUUGCAUUUACAAAAGAGGGCGCAAAAUCGCCAAAGCUGGUCAAGUCAACCUUGAGCGUCAAUAUUGACAGUGCAUACUUGUCGCUCGCUCAGCCCAUCUCAUGUCCAUCAGGCGACCGUAUGACACACGGCUGGUACUACCCGCCUACAUCACCAGACUAUUAUGCUCCAGAGGGAACGCUGCCACCGUUGUUGAUGCGCAUUCAUGGCGGUCCCACCAGCAGCUCGCCACCUGAAACGAACCUCCAAAUUUCAUACUGGACAUCGCGUGGAUAUGCCUUCUUCAAUCUCAACUACGCUGGCUCAACAGGCCAUGGCCGUGCCUACAUGCAAUUGCUCGAUAAGCAAUGGGGUGUUGUCGAUUCAGAAGAUGCCAUCAACGCUGCGCAAUACUUGGCAAAUGAGAAGCUUGCUGAUUCGAGCAAACUGGCAAUCGACGGUGGCUCAGCUGGUGGAUUCACAGUACUCAACGUCUUGUGCAAGAGUCAAGUCUUUGCGGCAGGUGUAUCUAGGUACGGUGUCUGUGAAGUGAGUGCUCUCGCCUUGGACACGCACAAAUUCGAAUCGCAAUACCUCUUCAACCUGCUCGGCGGCACACCGGAUGAAAUUCCAGAGAUUUACAAGGAGCGAUCAGCGCUCUAUCAUGCCGGCAACAUUAAGUCGCCUGUCUUGGUCCAGCAAGGUACUGAAGAUCGUGUUGUUCCGCUCAAUCAAGCCAAGUUGAUGGUGGAAGCCAUUCAAAAGAAUGGUGGAAUCUGCGAGCUACAGGUCUUCGAGGGCGAGGGCCACGGCUUCAGGGGAAAAGAUGCUCAGCAGGCUUCAUUGGAGAGACAGACGCUCUUUUUGGAAAAGUACCUGAAAUUGUGAUUGCGUCCUUGUGUGCAACGAGCCUUCCAGCUUUCUGGAAUGCAAGCCCUCGAGGUCUCAUCUUCCACUUUCUUCACAUCGCUCCGAGCGAAUGAUACGUAGACGCUGACAUCGAAGUUUUCCCUUUCUGUUCACCACAGGAAGUGAACUGCAAAAGAAAACGAUGCAAAGGCUGAGCCAGUCGCACUUAGCCGGAUAUUGCCAGUCCUAGAUCUUGACCGCCGCUCAUCGCGCUAGACUUGCAACACAGCGGUAGUCUGCCUCCAACUGUAGCUGCGAUAUCAACAAAAGAGGAAUACGCAGAGUAGUCCAAAAUACAUUUAUGUAUGAAUGCUCCAGAACUUGAUUUGAUUUGGUUCCAAGAUGCUUUUUCAAUGAAGAGAAGAACGAUUGCCGCGGAGAUAUUGAGCACCGC